CUCUUAUGAUGAGUGUUUUUGUUGCCAGUGUAAACUGACGCACAAACCCAUCAGCAUUACAUUCAGUCUGUCGCUUCGUCAUUAGUUUUUGUUGUUGUUUCUCGAUCGUUUUCAUUGAUUUUUUUUCUGAGCAAAAGUAAAGCAACAAAUAAAAAGCCAAUGAAAAAGUAACUAAAAUAAUUAUCUUCAAGUAACUUGUCUUUUCCAUCCUUUGACAUUCUCAUUCUGAAUAUUCACUCCUUCCUCUUGCAUCUCCUCCUCCUCACCCAUUUGACUAUCAUCCUUCAUCUUCUCGUCUUUCCCUUGAUCAUCUUUACCUUCAAGUGUCCUUUUCUUACGAUGAUCCUUUCGAUCAGUUUCUUAUGCGAAAUGUUGUCUUCAACUUUUACAAAGUUAUCUUGUUCCCAUUGAAGCGUGAGUUAGCAAACCUUUUACAGGAAGAGCAACUCAUCCAACUCGGGUGAGCCAAGAGAGUUAGUGAGAGACUCUCAGGUCGAGAGAUAUUUCGAAGGUCCUUAAAACGUAAACCAUUGCUAAGAAUAAGGCAGUAAGAGAUCGUACGAGUACCAAACAACUUGAGUUAAGUGCUGAAGAAAAAGAGAUUCUUAAAGAAGGAAAACACAACAAAAGGGGAAAAAGAAAGAGGGUGUGAGAAAGAGAAGAAGAAGAAGAAGAAGAAAAAAAGAUUCUCUCUCCAUCUUCAUCUAUCAUCCUGAUCAUCUCUCCUUCACUGUGUUCCCAUGUAUAUAUAAAAUCAUCUGGAGCACUGCUAUGAAUAUAGGCUCAGCUGGAUCAUCAUCAUCAUCGGCCGCUGCCGCUGCUGCUGCUGCUUCAGCUUAUGGAACUUAUUACGACUCUUUUUAUCCCAAUGGUGGACCUUCAACUUGGGCUGCUUACCCUGGACCUCAGAGUUUACCUUCAACUGUACCAGGGACUGUAACCAACAGUGGACCCAGUGGAUCCAGUGUAGUUGGUCCUGGAUCGUGUUUACUUGGUGCUUCAUCUUCAGGUCCAAAGGGAUUGACUUCAAGCCAUUUCACUCCGGUUCACCAGCAGCGACGGAAAAGACGCGUUCUUUUCACCCAACAACAGGUCCAUGAACUGGAAAGGCGAUUUCGUUUGCAAAGAUAUUUAUCAGCUCAAGAGCGUGAACAGUUGGCUUCAAUUAUUGCUCUAACUCCGACUCAGGUUAAAAUAUGGUUUCAAAAUCAUCGGUACAAGUGUAAGAGGCAACAAAAGGAAAAGUCAAUGUCGGAAUCUCCAGGAUCAACUGAAUCUAAUCAUCAAGUAAACAGCAACAACACCAACAAUGGAAACCUAAACAAUGGUUCAAACAGCAACAACAACAGUACCACCAACAGUACCAAUGGACUACAUUCAAACACUAGUUUAACCGGCUCUUCCUCUUCACCAUCCCUGUCCUCGUCCUCAGUAAAUCAUCCUCACCAUCAUCAUCAUCCAACCAAUGGAUCAAGCUCACCAUACUCAUCUUCACCACGUAAAAUAGCUGUACCUUUACUAGUAAAAGAUGGUAAAUCAUUAAUAUCGGGAUCCUCUGAAUCACCAUCGUCUAAUGAUCCUUAUGUUAAACAAGAGAUGCUUCUAAGUGGAUCCUCUGUUGUCCCACCGCCUCCGCCUCCACCAAACUCAUCGUUAGGACUUCAUAGUCAACAGUCUGUUGCUGCAGCAGCCUCUUACCAUCAUCAUCAUCACCAUCAUCAUCCCUUCUCUGGUCCACCCAAUCCCAAUCCAAUGGGUCCAUCCAUUUGUCAUCCUUUUGCAUCAAGUAAUACCUUUCCUUUAGGCCAUCAUCAUCAGAGUCAUGUAACUUCAGCUGAUCCUCACCAUGAAUUACCGCUAAACUGGUUCUGGCCCAAAACUUAAACUCCAACAAUUAAGUGUUUCCACUAAUUGUAAAACUUCAUCUUUUAACCAAAACCCUUUUAACAAUUUCUGUUGAUCAACCUUUCAAUAAUAUAAUUUGAUCAACUAAACUUAACGUUAACCAAACACUUUAUUGAAGGAAAAUGAAUUAACUGAUUUAACUUGAUCAAUUGCUAUUUGAUUAUUCAAUAGAAUCAAGUGUUUUCUUUCUGUUCGCAAUUUUAAUGUAAUUAUUUUAACCUGUUAAUAGUUAUAAUAAACGAUAACAAAC